AGAUGAAUGCCUGUCCCUUGCGCAACUGCAAUGGAGCUGUCAAAACAAGAUCAUUUUGCGCUGGUGGAGCUGCUGCUAUAUUCCAAUCACAUCAAUGGCUUCCAGUGGAUAGCAGGCCCAUUUCUCGGCUUACACGACUCUUGCUGACGCUUUGCUUUGUAAGAAGCAUCGCCGCUCAUGAUCGUAUGCUCCAAGAAGAGGUGAUACCUGAUGUUGAAUUUGAUAUCCGAGCCACAGACACACCACGACUUGGUUUGCAUGGGGUGGUGUCAGGCUGGUUUUAUGUGAAAGGUUCCUUCACCCUGGGUUCGCUUGGAGAUAUUGCCUUUGCCACCCGCGAAAUGCUAGCCAAUGUGUGUGACAAUAAUCUUCCAACCUUGGCACUUGCAAGGCAGGAUAUCCUCACUAUUACUGAGCCUCAAGUUGGUUUAAACAUGAGCUUCUAUGUAUUGCCUCCCAAAGGAUUCUCGCACUACUGCGUGGCAAUGCUGCGGUUCGCUGGGUUUGGACCAACGGCACCUCCUUUCACCAUUACGCCAGCACCGCCAAUUCGGCAGAUGUUACAGGUUUCUGUGGGUCAGAACACUGGACUCAAUGAGGGGCUUGUCGAUGACUGGGUCGUAGACAUUGGGAAUGUGAACUGUGGGGAUCUGAUGGUGUCGUAUGGUAGUGGAGAUGACCCAGAGCUUUUGUUGGAACGGAGCCGAAUGCCUGAUGAAUGGCGUGGCAGAGAGGAGCCUGCUCCUUGCGGAUCGCUAGAAGCCAAGUGGGUGCCAUCAUCUUCCGUAAAAUUCCCUUGGGAGGAGGAACCAUGCAAGGCAGCUGCAAGCCCGUGCAUUUGCGCAUCCAUUCGCGCUUGUAGAGACUCGACGACUUAAUGGUGCCAACUCAUGUACAUUCAAAGAAGUUUGACACCUUCCUGGGCAGGAAAAUGAUGCACUUUGCAGACGAGAACACAAAAUGCUGCAGAACUGAAAA